CGCUCGGCGCCGCUGCCUGCCGCCUCCGGCUGCCCCGCGAGGAGAGGCGCCGGCGUUUGCGUGCGUGUGUGGGGAGUUGCUACAAAAAUUUACAAUAAAACCGGAAUUUAAUCAGUUAUGGAGCUGGCACAUAGUUUGUUACUGAAUGAGGAAGCAUUAGCUCAAAUCACAGAAGCAAAGAGACCAGUCUUUAUCUUUGAGUGGUUAAGAUUUUUGGAUAAAGUGCUCGUAGCUGCUAACAAGACAGAUGUCAAGGAAAAACAGAAGAAACUUGUAGAACAGCUAACAGGACUCAUCAGCAGUUCCCCUGGGCCACCUACGCGAAAACUACUAGCAAAAAAUCUUGCUGCUCUCUACAGCAUUGGAGACACAUUUACUGUUUUUCAGACGCUUGACAAGUGUAAUGACAUCAUCAAGAGCAAAGAUGAUACUGCAGCCUACCUGCCCACAAAACUGGCUGCUGUGGCAUGUGUUGGAGCAUUUUAUGAAAAAAUGGGCAGAAUGCUGGGUAGUUCUUUUCCAGAAACAGUGAAUAAUCUUUUAAAGUCUCUGAAAAGUGCAGAGUCUCAGGGCCGCAGUGAAAUUCUGAUGAGUUUACAGAAAGUCCUAAAUGGACUUGGAGGAGCAGCAGCUUCUUGUCACCGUGAUAUUUAUAAGAAUGCCCGAUCUCUGUUGACGGACAGAUCUAUGGCUGUAAGAUGCGCAGUGGCUAAGUGUCUGUUGGAAUUACAGAAUGAAGCAGUAUUUAUGUGGACAGCUGAACUAGAGAAUGUUGCAACGCUGUGCUUUAAAGCUCUGGAAAACUCAAACUAUGGGGUGCGAGUUGCAGUGUCAAAGCUUUUGGGGACGGUCAUGGCUACAGCACUGAUACCAAAACAAGCAACAGUGAUGCGACAGAAUGUGAAGAGAGCCACGCUUGAGGAGGUCUUGGAGCUCAUGGCCACAGGAUUUCUGCGAGGAGGAUCUGGUUUCCUAAAGAGUGGUGGAGAGAUGUUAAAAGUAGGAGGAUCUGUCAAUAGGGAAGUGCGAGUUGGUGUUACCCAGGCCUACGUUGUCUUUGUUACAACAUUAGGAGGUCAGUGGUUGGAGCGCAACUUUGCUACGUUUUUGUCGCAUGUACUUGAUCUGGUCUCCCAUCCUCGUGCAACUCAGACCCAUGUGGACGCUGUUUACUCUCGAAGAUGCGUGUCCUUUAUCCUGAGAGCAACUGUGGGCAGCUUGCUCGGAGAGAAAGCACAGAUUGCAGCUGCCAAAGAUAUAUGUCAAGCCAUUGGUAAACAAAUGAAGGCAGUGGAAGCUGUAGUGAAUGAUGCUAACAGUGAAAAUAAAUCAGGAGCUGCUGAUGUAGCUGCAAGCCAGCAUGUAAUGGUGUGCGCCCUCCAGGAACUGGGUAGUCUGGUUCAGAGUCUGAAUGCCACUGCAUCUCCUCUUAUUCAAGAACCCUCUAUUGGUCUGUUGGAGACAGUAACUUCAGUUCUUCUUCAUCCCAGCAUGGCUGCUCGACUUGCUGCCGCAUGGUGCUUGCGGUGUGUAGCUGUGGCAUUGCCUUUUCAGUUGACUCCAUUUUUAGAUAGAUGUGCAGAAAGACUCAACAAUCUGAAGACCUCCCCUGAAGCUGUUAGUGGCUACAGUUUUGCAAUGGCUGCUUUGUUAGGUGGUGUGCAUCAAUGUCCCUUAGGUAUCCCUCAUGCCAAAGGAAAGAUGGUGGUCAGUAUCGCUGAGGAUCUGUUACGAACUGCUGCACAAAACAGCAGACUCUCCUUGCAGCGGACUCAAGCUGGAUGGCUUUUACUUGGAGCACUUAUGACUUUAGGUCCUUCUGUUGUUCGGUAUCAUCUGCCUAAGAUGUUGCUGCUAUGGCGAAACGUAUUUCCACGUUCUCUGAAGGAGUUGGAAGCAGAGAAGGCGAGAGGAGAUUCUUUUACCUGGCAAGUAACGCUGGAAGGCCGCGCUGGAGCUCUGUGCGCUAUGAGAAGUUUUGUUGCUCACUGUCCUGAGCUCCUUACUGAGGAUGUGAUCAGGAAAUUGAUGACACCCAUAGAAUGUGCCAUGACAAUGAUGUCGCACAUUCCAUCAGUAAUUAAAGCCCAUGGAGCUCAUCUCAAAGCUAGUGCAGCUAUGGUCCGUUUAAGACUUUAUGAUAUAUUGGCUUUAUUACCUCCGAAGACAUAUGAAGGAUCAUUUAAUGCGCUUCUUCGAGAGUUGGUAGCAGAAUUUACUUUGACAGACAACUCUGCUAAUACAACCACAUCACUCCUAAGGUCUCUUUGUCAUUACGAUGAUAGUGUUCUUCUUGGCUCUUGGCUGCAGGAAACGGAUCAUAAGUCAAUUGAAGACCAGCUUCAGCCAAACAGUGCGUCUGGAAGUGGUGCUUUGGAGCAUGAUCCAUCUUCUAUUUAUUUGCGCAUCCCUGCUGGUGAAGCUGUACCCGGUCCCCUUCCUUUAGGAGUAUCUGUCAUUGAUGCAUCUGUGGCUCUCUUUGGUGUGGUUUUUCCUCAUGUCUCUUACAAACAUAGAUUACAGAUGUUGGAUCACUUUGCUGAAUGUGUCAAGCAGGCUAAAGGUGUUCGCCAGCAAGCUGUGCAGCUUAAUAUCUUUACUGCUGUUCUUAGUGCCUUGAAGGGUUUAGCUGAGAAUAAAAGCACGUUAGGACCAGAAGAAGUCCGCAAAUCUGCUCUGACGCUGGUAAUGGGUGCCCUUGAUAAUCCUAACCCUAUUUUGAGAUGUGCAGCAGGCGAAGCUCUUGGCAGAAUGGCUCAAGUGGUUGGAGAAGCGUCUUUCAUCGCUAGAAUGGCUCAGUACAGUUUUGAUAAGUUAAAAUCUGCUCGAGAUGUUGUAUCAAGAACGGGCCAUUCUUUGGCUCUGGGCUGUCUCCAUCGGUAUGUUGGUGGAAUAGGUUCUGGACAGCAUCUGAAAACUAGUGUCAGUAUUCUCUUGGCUUUGGCACAAGAUGGAACCUCUCCUGAAGUCCAGACCUGGUCUCUCCAUUCACUUGCCUUGAUAGUAGAUUCUAGUGGACCAAUGUACCGUGGAUAUGUGGAGCCAACGCUUUCUCUAGUUCUUACUCUGCUCUUAACUGUUCCACCAUCACAUACGGAAGUACAUCAAUGCUUAGGCCGAUGUCUUGGAGCUAUAAUAACUACUGUUGGGCCUGAGCUGCAAGGUAACGGAGCUACAAUUUCAACAAUCCGUUCUUCCUGUUUGGUGGGAUGUGCAAUCACACAAGACCAUUCAGACUCGCUUGUUCAAGCAGCUGCCAUAUCCUGCCUUCAGCAGCUUCAUAUGUUUGCACCACGGCAUGUCAACCUGUCCAGUCUGGUUCCCAGUCUUUGUGUUCAUUUGUGCAGCUCCCACUUGCUGCUUCGCCGGGCUGCAGUUGCAUGUUUACGACAGCUUGCUCAGAGGGAAGCAGCAGAAGUAUGUGAAUAUGCCAUGAGCUUAGCAAAAAAUGCUGGAGACAAAGAAAACAGUGGCAUCAAUAUGAAUCCUUUUGCACCAGGAGCUGGUUCUCGGCGAGAUGCUCAUUCCCGGCAUCAGGGGGUUAAUAUAACAGAGACAGGCCUCGAAGGUGUCCUUUUUGGAAUGUUGGAUCGGGAGACUGAUCGGAAGUUGUGCUCAGAUAUCCACGAUACUCUGGGACAUAUGCUUUCAUCGCUGGCAGUAGAAAACCUUUCUCACUGGCUAAUGCUUUGUAAGGAUGUCCUUGCAGCUUCCAGUGACAUGAGCACUGCUGCUCCCUUGGGAGGAGGGAAGGAUGAGGAAUCAGAGAAGAAGGAUGAGAUGGAUGAUGAUACAAUGUUUACCACCUUGGGUGAAGAGGAUAAAUCCAAGCCUUCUGUAGCACCUCGUUGGGCAACUCGUGUGUUUGCAGCAGACUGUCUGUGCCGGGUUAUCAUGCUGUGUGAGAAUGCGAACAAGGCACACUUCGAUCUGGCACUGGCUCGUUCAGCCAGACUUAAAAACCCAAAAAAUGACUUUUUAGUACUCCAUCUCUCUGACCUUAUUCGAAUGGCAUUCAUGGCUGCAACUGAUCACAGCAACCAGUUACGAAUGGCGGGUCUUCAAGCUCUUGAAGACAUUAUCAAGAAAUUUGCAUCGGUUCCUGAGCCAGAGUUUCCAGGCCAUGUGAUACUGGAGCAGUAUCAGGCUAAUGUUGGAGCUGCUCUGAGGCCAGCUUUUUCCCAAGAUACACCGUCCGAUAUAACUGCAAAGGCCUGCCAGGUAUGUAGUGCUUGGAUAGGAAGUGGAGUUGUAAGUGACCUGAAUGACCUCCGCCGAGUUCACAACCUUCUUGUCUCUUCCCUGGAUAAAGUGCAAGCAGGAAAGGGAUCUUCUAGCCAGCUUUACCGAGAGAGUGCGACUACUAUGGAAAAACUUGCAGUUCUGAAAGCAUGGGCUGAGGUGUAUGUUGUUGCCAUGAAAAUUAAGAAAGAAGCAGAGACCAAACCAAAGCGUGUUUUAAAGAGCACAGAGGAGGAUGAGGAUGAUUUUGGUACUAUAGAUGAGUUGCCACCAGACAGUUUGAUAACGCUUGUACAACCUGAGCUGCCUGCACUUAGCCGUCUCUGGUUAGCUGCACUGAAAGAUUAUGCUCUUUUAACUUUACCAGCUGAAUUUGCUACCCAGCUUCCACCAGAUGGGGGAGCAUUUUAUACUCCAGAAACAAUUGAUACAGCUAGACUGCAUUACCGAAACUCCUGGGCUCCCAUACUACAUGCAGUGGCACUUUGGCUAAACAGUACAGGAUUUAAUGCUUCAGAGUCAACAGAAGAGACUGCUGCAGCAAUGCCCAAUUCACAGAAACGUGCUACAUCCAUUAUGUUAAACCAGACGCCUGGAACUCCACCUACCACUAAAUCUUUGCCGGAGAUAAACAAAGAUAGAAUGCACUUAAUUUUGGGUGUUAGUAUACAGUUUCUGUGUUCCCCACGACCUGAAGAGCCUGUUGAGCAUGUUACAUCUUGUUUACAAGCACUUCAUACUUUAUUGGAUUCCCCUUGUGCCAGGAUCCAUAUUGCAGAGGAUCAGCUCCUUGGUGUUGAACUCUUGAGUGUGCUUCACCGACUCCUCCUGACCUGGGAUCCUCCUUCAGUCCAGCUACUGGUCACAGGAGUUGUCCAGCAGAUAGUAAGAGCAGCUCAAGAUUAUUUGCAGGAAAAAAGGAACACCCUAAAUGAAGAUGAUAUUGAGGAAAAAGAAAAUCCUCUUACUUUAGGAGAGGGAGGUGAGACUGGUAGUCUUGUGCCUGGAAAAUCUCUAGUCUUUGCAGCCAUGGAAUUACUCAUGUUUAUCCUAGUACGGCACAUGCCCCAUCUGAGUUCAAAAGUGUCAGAUUCUCCAAGUCACAUUGCUGCCAAAUCCCACCUCUCUGAGGAAAGUGCUCGUCUUGUGGCUGCCACUGUUACUAUACUGUCUGACCUGCCUUCUCUGUGUUCUCCAGCAGGAUGUAUGACAAUCUUACCCACUAUCCUAUUUCUGAUUACAAGAGUAUUGAAAGAAACGGCAGUAAAAUCAGCAGAUAAUCAGGUCCCACCUCCAGUCAGUGCAGCCCUUCAAGGGAUAAAAACUAUUGUUACUCUUCCAACAGUUAAGACUGAUGAAACUCAGAAACAAUGGACAGGUCUUAUCCGCAGCACUCUGGCAUCUAUCUUGGAAUACUCUCAACCUGAAGCCUCUAAGCCUAUUCUUGAUGAAGUAAGCAUACUUACAGCUAUUGCUCUCUUCCUUUGGUCAGCAAGCACUGAAAUAAUUGGAGUGCAGUCUUUACAAAAUGGAUGUAUGAGCAGAUUUAAAAGUGCAUUAAAUUCCUGUGAUCCUUGGGUUCAAGCCAAGUGUUACCAACUCCUGCUUUCUGUGUUCCAACACACCAAUCGUGCCCUGUCAACUCCAUAUAUUCAUUCAUUGGCCCCUAUCAUGGUUGAGAAGUUGAAAGCUGUGGAAAGGAGCCGCCCAAACAACAACCUGGAGCUGUUAGCAGUGCAGGAAGGAAUUAAAGUCCUUGAAACGUUGGUUGCCCUUGGUGAAGAGCAGAAUAGAGUCCAGUUGCUUGCCCUUCUCGUUCCCACUCUGAUCUCCUAUUUACUGAAUGAAAAUGCCUUUGCUUCUGCAUCUACAGCAUCUAAGGAUCUUCACGAAUUUGCACUUCAGAAUCUAAUGCACAUUGGUCCACUUUACCCACAUGCUUUCAAGACAGUAAUGGGAGCUGCUCCUGAAUUAAAAACACGUCUAGAAACUGCAGUCCGAGCAAGUCAGGCCAGCAAAGCAAAAGCAGCUGCUAGGCAACCACCACCCACAGUACAUUCCACCCCAACAAUUAAACUAAAAACUAGCUUUUUUUGACUUACUUUUAUUAUUUUUGGACCAUUAAGUAGUCAGAAGCAUUACAUUAUCCCCGAUGUGUGACUGCAUAUAUGUCUGUAAUUUUGUGUAAUUUGUAUGUAAAAGGCUGUGUAAUGGAGCUUUGUGUAAUUACUUGAAAUCCAUGCAUUACAAGGGAAGUGGUGUUACUUGUAUAGAUUUUUAGGAAAUUGAAUGUGAUCAUAUUUAUGAAUUUGUGUUAUAAAUUAUCCACCAAAAAAAUCUAUUCUCUAUCUGACUAUAUAGUUUUAUUUAUUUUUAAAAGCUACCCCAAACCUUUGAGUGGUUUUUGAAAUCUGGUGAUUGUUACCCUACCAUUGUGCCAACACACUAACAGAGUGGGGACGGAGGGAAGAGGGAAACUGUUAUGCAGUACUUACCAUGUACCAUGGGGAAUUUCAAGUGUAGAAGUAUGCACUUUUUCCUUUUAAAAACAAAGUAUGGAAGGAGAUUGUCAGACCUUGUAGAUCAUUUCAGCUUGCAUGAAAAAAACAAAGAAUUGAAAAUUUUCAGCCUUUCUCAAGGUGAACGAUCAAGCAUGCUAUCUUAAUGAGUUGUCCUUAUUUAUGUGGUGUAUAUUUCUUUCAGAUCCCUUUCCAUGCUUGAAAAUUAAUAAACGAUGCAAAGAAUCUAAUUCCCUAUCUCUUCUAAGAUAAAUUUUAAAGAAUGCAUUGGAAAUUGAGUUUAUAAAGAAAACUGCCUGCUAUCUGCGUUUUUGUAGGUGUAGAUUUUGGCCCUUGUAAGGUGCUGUGUGUUAGCAGUCUUCCUAUUCUGCCUGGUUGAAUAUGAUGAUUCGGUGCUCUGCUCUUUGUCCGGAUUCCUAGGUAUUUAACCUUCCUGCAAGUUUUUAGUCUCACUGGAUAUAUCUUAUCUGCAGUCCUUGAUAAAGUUUGCAGAGCCAAAUUACUUGAGUGCUUUGCACCUGUACUGAUUAAGGGAGCAGAACACAAGUGAGAGCCAGGCUCCUCCAGUUUUUCCUUCCCCUACCAGGCUUUCCUUUUUGAAAAGCACAUGGCACCCCUCACAUCCGAGUGAGUCUGAUCUGCAGAUUUUGGAGCUUAGAGCUCAAGUGCUGUGCUAACCUUAUAGCGCAGAGCCAGGGACUCCCAAUGUCGGUCUGCUGCCAGGCCUCACCCUUCCUAUUGGCGGAAGUGCAGAACCAUGUAUUUUCUUGUGUAUACAAGACUGACUGAUAUGAAUUUUUUGACACUGCUGUUGAAUUUAUGGGCUGCUGUAGACAUCUUCUAUACUUUUUGCUUUACAGAGGGAAGCCACAUAACUAGAAGCCUCGGCUGAGCCUGUUGAGUUCCAUCUCUGAUGUUUUUCUGGAUACUCUGUAAAAACUGCAUAUUUCAGAAGCUUCUGCUUCAACCCAAAUAUAAAAAGGGAUAGUAAAUAGAAUUGAAUAUGAUUAAUAGUUGGCUGCAAUAUUUGUAGAUCAUUAUUUUUGCAUAGUCACUUGCCUCUAGUCUCUCUUUUCCCGUAAGACCUUACAUAACCCUUUGAGUACCUAUGCAAAAUGGAGGACAAGACGAUGCUCUUUUGCCCUAUUGUAUUUGGUGUGUGCAAAAUAUUUAACAUAAAAUCAGAAAAGCUUUUAUUUCAUAGUGAAUAUUUUAGUACUAAAGUGAGGACACAACAAGUGGUGCAUACUCCAAUCUUUCAAAUGUUUUUUUCAUAAAGAUGUUAACUUCCAAGUCUUGUUCCAUUGUCCUACAGGAGUAAAGAUACAUGCAGAAGUAAAAACAAUAUGCCAUACAUGAGGAGGAAAAUAAUUUCACUACUUUUUUCAUUUUUGUGUAGUGGGAAUUAAUUUGAUUAAAAUAUAUCACUUUCUAAUAAGCGUUUCCAGCAUUACAAAGCUAUAUUGCUUAGAAGAAGUUCUGAACCUGUUUAACAUUUGAGAGAAAGUAUUAACGAAACCCUUUCAGUAUGAAAUCGAACACAAAUUUUCCAAGUAAAACUAAGAAAAUAACUUUAUAACUUUUUUUAGAUUCCCUUCCCCCCCCAGGUAGUCUAGUAAUUAAUGACUUCGAUGUUUGUUGGAAACUUUUUGUCUAUAAUCGGGUUUUAUUUACCUUAAUUUUUAUCUCGGCACUUUUAUGUUUUGGUUAGACUCUAGUUUACAAGAUGUCUGAAAACUCAGAAAAGGGGGGGGGAGGGAAGUGUAGCAAUCAAGCAUAACUAAGAAGUCGGUAGAAAAAUAGAAAAAAGUUAGCGGAAGGGAACAUGGCACUAGAUAGAUGUAGAGGGAUAGAGAAGGGAGAGGUUUUUCUUUGUAUACUGUGUGACUGUAUACAACAUGCACAACUUUCAUUUGUAUACAUCCUUCUCCAGUUUAGUCCUCGUUUGCUUCUUUGCUUGCUCCUGAUACUAAAGGUAUAACCAUGUGGUUUUACAUAUUUUAGCAUCAAAUUUCAUUUGAUUAAAAACCCGA